UCUUUUUCUAGCUUGACUGGUCUAAGGAAAUGUUCAGUGAAAAAUCUUACCAAUUAAUGAAGCACAUAUUCUAAGAAGCCUGCCGAAAACUAUUUAAACCUCCUUAAAGUGCAUUCUCAUCACUGAGAUCCUGAUGAGGAAGAUCUUACAGCCAGCCAAGACACUCUAAGAAGACUCUAGCAUUGAGGGCUUAAUAAUUAUUCCCUGAUCCUCUAGGACCCUGCUUUUGGCAGUGGAAGGAGAAACUGUAUUAAGAUUAUCAAUCUGUCCUCCAAGGAUGGGGCUGAGCUGAAGAAUAAUUUGCACGUUUCUGCUAAACUUGAAAAGAAGGCCAUGACUAGUAAUACAGAUUAUUGGAAGAAGAAUAACAAGAGAGUCAUUAUUUGAAAGGGGUAAAGGAAAUGAGAGAGAAGAUUGGCAAGACUAUGGCGAGGAAGAAGAUGAUGGUCUCGUGAUCAACCAGGAUUUAAUAUGUGACGAAAGAAGUGGAAAUUUGGAUUUAUCUAACAGAAAGAAAUUAGAGAAAUGGUUUAUUACUAAGAUAUAAAAUGAUAAUGAUAAUCCUCUAGAUAAUAUUCAAAAUAUCGUAAACCCGAUAAGAUAUCAGUCGUUCCCUUGACAUUCACCCCAAACACGAAUUUAUAAAACUAUUUUCAAAGAUUUAAACCCCUAGAACCCCAUACCUCCCCAAAACAUUCCAUA